GUGUGUGGUACAGGGUGACGUCUGUCAAUGUUGUCAAAAGCUGUUUACAAAAAGCAGGGGUGAAAAGUUUUCCCAAGUUUUUCAUAAAAAUCCCGUGAAAACGCUCGUAUCCAACAACAACCAUGAUUUCGGACGUUCAGUUGGCCGUUUUCUGCAACGUGCUGGGAGUGUUUCUGUUCCUGCUAGUAGUCGGCUAUCACUACAUCAACACCAACAUGACCAGCACCCGAGGCGGACAGGGUCCGAGGCACAAGUGAAGCACAGGCUAGUGCGGGACCCGAGAACAAAUUGCAUCAAUUUAAAGGCCCUCAACAAGUCUGUGCAACGGAAAACAAGGGAAAAGAUGGCAUUUCUCAAGGUGAUGAAGAAUAAAUAAACCUCUCUUCAAUACCCAAGUCGGGC